UACAGCAAGAUGCCCAUUUCCGCCAAGUUUGUGUCAGCACCUUUCGCCCUGAGGCCUGAAGAACGACGUGGACUGGAAAGAGUGCCACCACAGCAGCCGGCAGAGUCCCGCGCUUCUCGCCGGGACGUCCGCGGGCGUUGCGCUUUGUGGCGGAAACAUCAGGCGCGCGGGGGACACGUGGCAGCAGUCUGCUGCGCUCCGCGCAGAUGCGCGAAUGCCUGCCGCGUGGCCGGAGCUGAUUCGUCGUCUGGUAACCGCAGUGGCGGUUCCGUUACAGCUGAUGGUUACCGCACUGGCGCCGUCGCUGCACACGCUGUGCAAGCAGGAGACGGGCCGUGCACGGAGGUCGGAUGUGACAUUAUCGAACGGAUUGCAGAGCUGAUUCGGCGCACGCAUUCCCCUGAGCGUGCCACGGGGCCAGCAGGUGAAGGAGGCCGAACCGAGGCAGUGGGGGGGAACGAUGUGGCGAGUGGGGGCACAGCGGUACAAGGGGAGGGGGGAGCAGAGGGGGCGAGAGCAGCGGGGGGAGCAAGCGCCCCAGCACAUGCGAUGAGAGGGGAGGAGCCAUUGCGGGUGUUGCAGCCGCUGCUGGCUCUGGACGCAGGGCGGUGGGUGAAGCUCAUCUGCGGGGCCAGCUUCGAGGACGUGGCGGAUGUGCGCAACCUUGCCUUCGUCUACACGCUCGCAGGAGUGGACUGCAUAGACUGUGCGGCAGAGCCAGCAGUGGUGGCAGCAGCAGCGGAGGGGAUAGAUGCAGCCAUGGCGUGGGCGGCAGGGGAGGGGAGGGGCGGCGGUGAAUGGGGGGAGAUGGGAAGGCGGCCGUGGGUGAUGGUCAGUGUGAGCGAUGGGCGGGACCCACACUUCAGGAAAGCAGUCUUUGACGCGUCUCUCUGUCCGCCUGCCUGCCCUCGCCCCUGUGAGCGAGUCUGCCCCGCCGCUGCCAUCCGCUUCCAUGCUGCUGCUGCCACCAGCGAUGCUGCAACAAGCACGGGUAGCAGUGCAGACAGUGUGGGCGGCGUGAUUGCGGAUCGCUGCUAUGGGUGUGGGCGGUGCAUCCCUGUGUGCCCCUUUGGCAUCAUCUCGGCAGAGGAGCACCAGCGAACACACGAAGACACGCUGACGCUCUUGGGCGGCGGGCUUGUGGAUGCUAUAGAGAUUCACACUCUGCCAGGGCACGUGGAAGCGUUCAAUGCCUUGUGGGCCUCGAUUGGUGAAGCAGCCGGCUCGCUGAAGCUAGUAGCUGUGAGUCUGCCUGACCUGGGUGGCGCCAUGCACCAUGCCAUGCAUGCCAUGUACCGCACCAUGCACCCACACCUCUCGGCCGCUAACCUAUGGCAGUUGGACGGCCGGCCCAUGAGUGGGGACAUAGGCGCCGGGGCAACACGUGCCACAAUCCGACUGGCUGCCAGAGUGGCUGCUUUUGAGGAUAGGCCGCCAGGUUACCUACAGAUCGCAGGCGGAACCAACAGUCACACUUUCACCUCGUUACAAGAUCAUGGAAUGCUGCCUUCUGCUUCUUCUGAUCACAGGCUUGCAGUUGCAGGUGUGGCCUUUGGCGGUCAUGCACGCAAGCCACGAUGAUUGCGUUACACGCCCUUUGUCAGAUCCUGGCUCCAGUCCUUGGCCGUCUUGAUGCGGCACAUUCCAUUGGCACAAACGAGGCUGCUACGCCAACACCACGCAUGGCCACGUCACAGUCUCCGUCGCACGUUGAGAGCCAGCUGCCUCUUCUGCUCGAGGCAUUGGAGCUUGCAUGUGCCUUGGUUCAUCCGUACAAAUCACGUCUUCCAACGUAGUAUACUUUUACUCAUGAAAGAGACAAUUUGAGCCUUUCCUCCAAUUUCGCUUCAAUAUUUAGUUGGAGUUGCAAACUUGCAACCCUUCCAGUAUUUCUGCUUGGUCCUCGGGAUGAUGUUUCCGUUGAAGUCAUUUUGUCAGCUCCCGGAUAGACGACCCAUGGGUCUUAUCAUACGAACCCUAAGCAUAU